AUGGACAUUUUGUUGAUCCCACCUCGCUUUAAAACAUGCAAGGUGAGCCCCGCUCGCCGCCGAGCUCACCCAGCCUCGUCGCUAGCCCAAGUCGACACGGUGUACUCGGCCGACUCGAUCGAGUUCUGCCCUGCGGCGGGGUACGAGCGCUACUUCACCUGCGGGACGUACCAGCUUCUGGACCCGGUGACGGGCGAGCUGGCGCCGGCGCCAGGCAGCGCGCCCGCGCCCUCGCCCUCCGCGGGGGAGGGGAGCGACGCGCCGGCGCCCCGCGUCGGCCGUCUCCUGCUGUACGCGCUAGCCGGCACAACGCCGGUAGAAGUGCAGCGGCUGGACACCGCCGCGAUCCUGGACGCGAAGUGGGCGGCGUCGCGGCCCGAGCUGGCCGUCGCGGACGCGGAGGGCGGCGUGACGCGCUACACGCUCGCGUCAGACCUGGGGGCUGGGGAGCGCUUGGUUAUCGCGGACGACACGACGCUCGUGCUGAGCCUCGACCACCGGCCGGGACACGAGGAGAUCGCCGCGUCGCUGUCGAGCGGCGAGCUCGCGCUCGUCGACCUCGCCAGCGGUAGUGUGACGCGGUGGCACGCGCACGACUUCGAGCCGUGGAUUACGGCGUGGCAGGGCCCGCAGACGCUGUGGUCGGGCGGCGACGACCUCGCACUCAAGCGCUGGGAUGUGCGCGCGCAAGCGCCCACGUUCGUCAAGCGCAAAGGCUUCGACGGGGGCGUGACGACCAUCGCGCACAGCCCGCACGACGAGCACCUCCUCGCUGUUGGAUCAUACGAUGCACAUCUCCGCCUAUUCGACUGCCGCGCGCCCGCGCGGCCCCUCCUCGAACUCGAGAUGCCCGGCGGGAUAUGGCGCACGCGCUGGCAUCACGCCGCCGAGCGGCGGGGGGAUAUCCUCAACGCCUGCAUGCAUGGCGGGUUUGCGGUGGCACGGAUUGCCGAGGGUGGAGAGCAGGGCGAGAUCACCACUACGUUUCCCGGCACGCUGGGGUACGGCGCCGACUGGUGCCGCCUCCCGCCGUCCGAUGGAGGCAGCCUCGUCGCAACAUGCUCAUUCUACGACCACGACCUCAACGUAUGGCGCGCAUAGGCGGCGUCAAGCACCUCCUCCACCCCACCCUCCCCCACACAUCCUCUUUAGCACUAUGCAUUGUCUAUCCUAC